GGUUGGGUAUUGGUCGAUUGUUGAACCACGGUCACAUAUUUGGACCGUGCGAUGGGUUUUAUUCCAUUUGCCUUGGGGAGUCUCACUGGAGAAGGAGGGAGAGAGAGAGAGACAUGCACACAGAGCGAGAGCUACACCCAUGAAAACAUCCCCCUGAGCAGUUGAAGACCUGGAAGGGUCUGGGGAUUUUUUCGGCUCAACUUCCCUCGACGUCCGCAGCGAGUUGAUCUGCAAGCGAUGACAGCUACCUUGGCAGAUUGGCAUGCACUGAAUGGACACCGACCCAACACCGCCCCACCGAAGCUCACGGCCUGGGUGACCACGAAGCUCACCACGACCCCAUGGCCGGAGGCCUGGCAGCUGCUAGAAGAUGUGCGGAAGCAGAGGUGUCAGCUCGACAUCAUCCAUGCAAAUGCAGUUAUGAAAGCAGCUGCGAGCAGUUGGAGGGAUGUGCUUCAACUUCUCACGAGCUUUCAGCAGAGGCAACUCGAAGCCAAUGUCCGAAGCUUUGUCACAAAAAUGGCGGCGCAAGCGAGUGGAGAAGAAGUCCUGUGGGCAGAAGUCUUGCAAGACCUCGGCGGCCUGGCCGAGCGCCGGAUCGACGUCAACGACUUCUGCCGCAGCGCCGCCCUCCGUGCGAUGGCGAGUGGGCAAGCAUGGCGACGUGCGACCUUGACACUCCAAGCUGCGGCCGACGUUGCAUGCUUCAAUGCGGCCAUCUCCGGAAUGCCAUGGACUGAAGUCAUCGCCCUGCUUGGCCACAUGGACUGGGCGCUCUUGCAGAAGGACCUUGUCACAUACGCCACUAUUUUGCGCUCUGGAGCAGGGGUAAAGUGGCCAGGCUCCAUUCUUCUACUCCAAGACCUUCUGCAGCACAGUACCAGGCCGCAUGAGAGCAUCGUGGCAGGCAUCCUCAAAGCUGUUGGUGGGCAUGUCCACAGUGCCGCGCUGCAGCUGCUGCGGGACAUGCGCGCGGCCAGCUGUGAAGACAGCUUGAGCAUCUACAAUGCCCUGAUGGGAGCAACGUCUGAAUGGCCAACCUCCCUGGAGUUCUUGCACAGUCUACCAGGACGCCAACUCCAAGCAGAUACCACCAGCUGGAACUUAACCCCUUUGGCUCGGAAGCUAGCUGUGGCACAGGUGGCUAUACGAGCCAGUGCUGCUGGAAUCAGCACCAGUUCGAGUUCAAUGGUUUGGCGCUUGGCAAAUUCUUGCCUUCCCCACUGCGAUGGUGUUGGCUAUACUGCCCUGCUUGCUUCAAGAGAUGGCUGCCCUUGGAGAAGGACAUGGACGGUCCUGCAGCAGCUGCAGCUCAACGGCUUGCAGCUGACUAACGAGGCCCUCCAUGCGGCGAUGGCCAGUGGUCACGGCGGGUGGCGCUUCAGCCUGGAGCUCCAGGGUUUCGUCCACCGGGCCAGCAUCAUCAGCUUCGGUUCGCUGCUGAAGGUGUGCAGGGACCAGUGGCUGCACGCCUUGCACUUGCUCAAGAGACUUGCAGAAGUCGAGGUCGAGUGCAAUGCCAUUGCUUCCAAUGCAGCCUUGAGCGCGUGUGAGAAAGGCAGCCAAUGGACCAGAACUGUGCAGCUCUUUCAAUCGGCGUCGACCACGGGCAUGGGGGUUGAUGUGAUUGCAUCCAAUGCCGUGAUCAGCGCGUGCUUUCAGUGGACACUUUCGCUGUCCUUCAUGGUCUCGUUGUGUGCCUUGCGCGCAGCCAGCGCCAGUACAGUAAACAUGUCUGUGGCUUCCCUGCUGGGUCGCUGGCAGUGGGCCUUGCAGAUCAUCAGGCGGGCCAAGAUAAAGGAUAGCUUCACGCAGGGCACACUCAUGAGCAGCCUGGAACGCUCAGCUUGCUGGAGUAGGGCCAUGAAGCACAUUGACCGGGCAAAGAGUCAGGGAGAAGCCCUUGAGACCGUCACCUUGAACAGCGCUUUGAGUGCCAUCAGUGCUGGCGAUGAUCUGGACCGCUGGAGGGUGGCAACUGGGCUCCUGGAAUCCUUCGCCACCCAAGCCGAGAUUUUGACCUGGAAUGCAUGCCUUUGCGCCUGUAGCAGGUGCGCCCAGUGGCUUGCUGCUCUCGGCUUCUUCCUGCAGCUCCAACAGCGCUCAUUGGAAGCAUCGCGCGUGACCGAGGUCACCGUGCUUGAGGCAUGUUCUUCAAGGGCUCCCUGGCCGCACUGCAUCGCCUUGACCGGUGCCGGUCCCACCGCCGCGCUGAACGCCGCCGCGGCGCGCGUGAGCCGCGCAGCGGCGGCGUCCGCGGCGCAGCUGGGGCUGCUAGGCCGGCUGAGGCAUAGCCUGUUGAAAGACUUGGACAAGGAGCAGCCGUGAGUUUGCCACCAGGAAUUUGUUCCACAUAUUGGAAUUCAGAGCGGCCAAGACUUAUAUAGUUCUUGGCGCGGCUGGGAGCAG